UUGGUAUAGGAAGGACGGAAUCAACUCCAAUCUGCAGCUCGGUGUACGGUGUGGAAGAUGGUGACACUUGUACCAGUGUUACUCAGAAGUUCAAUUUGUCAUCGGACUUCUACAUUGAUAUCAAUCCAAAUGUCAACUGUGAUAACAUUUUUGUCUGUGAAUGUGCUUUGCACCCAUGGGAGUUUGUCUCAGUGAAUCGAACUGACGAAGUCUUCGUAUUCUAG